AUGGCCGACUCUGUAUCCGCAUCGCUCCCUCCUCCGCCGCCGUCUGCUGGUGCUCCCGGCUACGAUGGCGGAAACCAGCAGCAGCACAUGCCGCCGCCGCAGCUCGCCCCUGUAAUUAUCCCGCAGAACAACAAUCCAAUCCCAACUGCCAUCAGCUCGCCCAUGUCUGGCAACCCCAUGUCCCCGACCAGUGGUGGUCCAGGCUAUGCUGCGCGCCGUGCUGCUCCCGAGCCAAACAAGAGGGCACUGUACGUUGGCGGAUUGGACCCUCGCGUCACCGAGGACGUGCUGCGCCAAAUCUUCGAAACCACCGGCCACGUUCAGAGUGUUAAGAUCAUCCCCGACAAGACCGCCUCUUCUCCACAGAUAGGCCACAUUCACGAACCAGGUUUCAACUACGGAUUUGUCGAAUACGACGACCCUGCAGCGGCUGAGCGAGGCAUGGCGACUCUCAACGGCCGCCGCAUCCACAACAACGAAAUUCGCGUGAACUGGGCUUAUCAAUCGAACAACACGGCCAAGGAGGACACUUCCAACCACUUCCACAUCUUCGUCGGCGACUUGUCCAACGAGGUCAACGAUGAGGUCCUGCUCCAGGCUUUCUCAACUUUCGGUCCUGUAUCAGAAGCUCGCGUUAUGUGGGACAUGAAGACUGGAAGGUCCCGCGGAUAUGGAUUCGUCGCCUUCCGUGACCGCGCUGAUGCCGAGCGUGCCCUCAGCUCCAUGGACGGCGAGUGGCUUGGUUCUCGCGCCAUCCGUUGCAACUGGGCCAACCAGAAGGGCCAGCCUUCCAUCGCUCAGCAGUCAGCCAUGGCCUCUAUGGGAAUGACCCCAACAACUCCUUUUGGACACCACCACUUUCCGACCCACGGUGUCCAAAGCUACGACAUGGUCGUUGCGCAGACUCCUCAAUGGCAAACGACUUGCUACGUUGGCAACCUCACGCCCUACACCUCCCAGUCUGACCUUGUGCCGCUUUUCCAAAACUUUGGUUACGUUACCGAGACUCGUUUCCAGUCUGAUCGUGGGUUCGCUUUCAUUAAAAUGGACACUCAUGAGAAUGCCGCAAUGGCCAUCUGUCAACUGAACGGUUACAAUGUUAACGGCCGACCGCUCAAGUGCAGCUGGGGCAAAGACCGCCCUCCAACUGGUCAGUUUGAAGGCUACUCGCCUGCAGGCCCUAACUCAGCGUAUCCUCAAACGCCCAGCGCGUACUUCCCGCAAUACGGGGGUGGACCAGGCGGUCCUAUGGCAGGUGGGCCUAUGUCAGGAGGCCCCAUGUCGGGAGGUCCCAUGUCGGGCGGUCCCAUGUCGGGAGGCCCAAUGUCAGGUGGUCCCAUGUCAGGCGGCCCAAUGUCGGGUGGCCCCAUGUCACCUUCAGGUGAGCGGCACCGGAGGAAGCUGCAGUAUCGGAAAACACAAUCUAAUGCGCGGGCAGGACCCAGCCCCGGCGGACAACCCUUUGCCCAACAGCAGGCUGGCUUCGGCGGUCCUGGCAUGCAAUACCAGCAGAUGCAGCCAGGCAGCGCGGGUGGAUAUGGUCGUGGCGCACCCCAGCAGCAGCAAUGGGGACAGCCUGGUCAGGGCAACUUCAACCAGAACGGCUUCGGCGGUUACCAGGGUUGA